UGAGCUGACAGGGAAGGUAGCCGGCUCCUCCGCUCGUCCCGGCCUACUUGUUCUGGCCAACUGUGCGGUCCCACCUUGACUUCAACCUUAACUUCCCCAGAAAACAGGCGCCCUCCCUUCUACCACCUGCCACCCGAGUCGGGAGAGCCGCUGGGAGCGACGCCUCCGGGGCCCAGGCUGGACAUGAGCUGCCGCUGCCGGUCCUGGGACUAGGCCCCGCCAUUUUGGAUCCGCUGACAGGUUUGCCAGGAUGGUGGAUAAGAAUAUUUACAUCAUUCAAGGGGAAAUUAACAUUGUGGUUGGGGCCAUCAAACGAAAUGCCCGAUGGAGCACCCAUACACCACUGGAUGAAGAACGGGAUCCUCUGCUGCAUAGUUUUAGUCACCUAAAGGAAGUUUUAAACAAUAUAACAGAACUCUCAGAAAUUGAGCAAGUAUUCCUUCGUCCAUUUCUGGAAGUGAUUCGUUCAGAGAUACCCACUGGCCCUAUCACUGGACUGGCUCUUACUUCUGUCAACAAGUUCCUGUCCUAUGCACUUAUAGAUCCUACACAUGAGGGAACAGCAGAGGGCAUGGAAAACAUGGCAGAUGCUGUCACCCAUGCCCGUUUUGUGGGCACAGAUCCUGCCAGUGAUGAAGUUGUCCUGAUGAAAAUCCUUCAGGUUCUACGGACUCUCUUGCUAACCCCAGUGGGUGCCCACCUAACCAAUGAAUCUGUGUGUGAGAUUAUGCAGUCUUGCUUCCGGAUCUGCUUUGAAAUGAGACUCAGCGAGUUAUUGAGAAAAUCCGCAGAGCACACUCUCGUAGACAUGGUGCAGCUGCUCUUCACAAGGUUACCUCAGUUUAAAGAAGAACCCAAGAGCUAUGUGGGGGACCAAUAUGAAGAAGUAAAGAUGAGGCAUAGUGAUUCAUCCAAAUGGAAGAAACAGAAGAGAUCCCCCCGGCCUCCACGUCAUAUGACCAAAGUCACUCCAGGUACAGAGCUGCCUGCCCCCACUGGAACCACCUUAUCCUCAAACUUGGCAGGUGGCAUGCCCUUCAUUGAGGUGCCCACACCCAUCUCCUCUGCAAGUUCAGAAACUGCCUCAGCAGUGGUCAGUCCCUCUACAGACAGUGGCCUGGAAUUCUCCUCCCAGACUACCCAAGAGGACCUCACUGACCUGGAGCAACCUGGGCUCACAGGGUACAGCACAGCUGCAGAGCCUGGGAGCAAUGAGCUAGGGGUUCCUGAACAGCCUGCUCCCAGGAUGCUUUGCUUAGAACGGCUGAACUUGUACGCAGCUUCCCUACGAGUAUGCUUCCUACUAUUUGAGAGCAUGCGGGAGCAUCUUAAGUUCCAUUGGAGGUAAAUGUACAUCAAAAAGCUCAUGGAGAUCAUCACUGUGGAAAACCCCAAGAUGCCUUAUGAGAUGAAGGAGAUGGCACUGGAGGCCACUGUGCAGCUCUGGCGCAUCCCCAGUUUUGUCACUGAGCUCUAUAUCAACUAUGAUUGUGAUUACUACUGUUCCAAUCUCUUUGAGGACCUCACUAAGCUGCUGUCCAAGAAUGCCUUUCCUGUAUCUGGUCAGCUCUACACAACACACCUGCUGUCUCUUGAUGCCCUAUUGACAGUGAUUGACAGCACUGAGGCCCACUGCCAGGCCAAAGUCCUCAACAACCUGACCCAGCAGGAGAAGAAAGAAACAGCCAGACCCAGCCAAGAGGCAGUAGAUGGCACCAAAGAAGCUAGCAAUAUCGAGAGAGCAACCGUCGAUGGGAAAGCAAUAAACAUGACUCCAGAUGUCCCAGGCCUACAACAGCUAUUGACAGAACAUGGGAAGCAAGGAUGCAGUGAUUUGGAAGACACUGGUGACUCUGGGACUGACAAAAAGUUUACCCAGAAGCCACCUCGAUUUUCCUGUCUCCUGCCAGAUCCACGGGAACUAAUUGAAAUUAAAAACAAAAAGAAGCUGCUAAUCACUGGCACAGAGCAGUUCAACCAAAAACCAAAGAAAGGCAUUCAGUUUCUUCAGGAGAAAGGCCUCCUCACCAUCCCAAUAGAUAACACAGAGGUAGCCCAGUGGCUCCGAGAGAACCCUCGACUGGACAAGAAAAUGAUUGGAGAAUUUGUGAGUGACCGCAAAAACAUUGACCUGCUGGAGAGUUUUGUGAGCACCUUUAGCUUUCAGGGUCUGCGACUUGAUGAAGCUCUCCGCCUCUAUCUGGAAGCCUUCCGUUUGCCUGGGGAGGCACCAGUCAUCCAUAGGUUGCUGGAAGCAUUCACAGAGCAUUGGAGGAAUUGUAAUGGCUCCCCAUUUGCCAAUAGCGAUGCCUGCUUUGCCCUGGCCUAUUCUGUCAUCAUGCUUAACACAGACCAGCAUAACCACAAUGUUCGCAAACAGAAUGCACCCAUGACCCUGGAGGAGUUUCGCAAAAACCUAAAAGGUGUGAAUGGAGGCAAGGACUUUGAGCAAGACAUCCUGGAGGACAUGUACCAUGCCAUCAAGAAUGAGGAAAUUGUGAUGCCUGAGGAGCAGACAGGUUUAGUUCGAGAGAACUAUGUGUGGAAUGUGCUGCUUCAUCGAGGUGCCACCCCUGAGGGCAUAUUCCUACAUGUGCCUCCUGGCAGCUACGACCUUGACCUCUUCACCAUGACCUGGGGCCCUACUAUUGCUGCUCUCUCUUAUGUCUUUGACAAAAGCCUUGAAGAGACAAUUAUUCAGAAAGCCAUCUCAGGCUUCAGGAAAUGUGCCAUGAUCUCCGCCCACUAUGGCCUCAGUGAUGUGUUUGACAAUCUUAUCAUCUCCCUCUGCAAAUUCACAGCUCUCAGCAAUGAGUCUAUUGAGAACCUGCCCAGUGUAUUUGGAAGCAACCCUAAAGCUCAUAUUGCAGCCAAGACAGUAUUCCAUUUGGCCCAUCGUCAUGGUGAUAUCCUGCGGGAGGGAUGGAAGAAUAUCAUGGAGGCCAUGCUGCAGCUCUUCCGAGCCCAACUGCUACCCAAGGCUAUGGUAGAGGUAGAAGAUUUUGUGGAUCCCAAUGGCAAGAUCUCUUUACAGCGGGAGGAGACACCAUCAAACCGAGGAGAGUCAACAGUACUGAGCUUUGUGAGCUGGCUGACAUUGAGUGGUCCUGAGCAGUCCAGCAUGCGGGGCCCAUCCACUGAGAACCAAGAAGCCAAGAGAGUUGCCUUGGACUGUAUCAAGCAAUGUGACCCAGAAAAGAUGAUCACAGAAAGCAAGUUCCUCCAGCUGGAGUCACUGCAGGAGCUCAUGAAGGCUCUGGUGUCAGUAACACCAGAUGAAGAGACAUAUGAUGAAGAAGAUUCUGCUUUCUGUCUAGAGAUGCUACUAAGGAUCGUAUUAGAGAACAGGGACCGUGUAGGCUGUGUUUGGCAGACUGUUAGAGACCAUCUAUACCACCUCUGUGUCCAGGCACAAGAUUUCUGCUUCCUUGUGGAACGGGCAGUGGUUGGGUUGCUGCGCCUGGCUAUUCGGCUGUUACGGAGAGAAGAGAUCAGUGGCCAGGUGCUGCUCUCCCUGCGCAUCUUGUUACUGAUGAAGCCCAGUGUGCUGUCCAGAGUCAGUCACCAGGUUGCAUAUGGGCUCCAUGAACUUCUUAAGACCAACGCAGCCAACAUCCACUCCAGUGAUGACUGGGCCACCCUCUUUACACUGCUGGAAUGCAUCGGCUCAGGAGUGAAGCCUCCAGCAGCUCUGCAGGCCACAGCCAGGACUGAUGCACCUGAUGCGGGGGCCCAGUCAGACAGCGAGCUCCCAUCCUACCAUCAAAAUGAUGUGAGCCUGGACCGAGGGUACACUUCUGACUCAGAGGUCUACACAGAUCAUGGCAGACCUGGCAAGAUACACCGAUCAGCCACAGAUGCUGAUGUAGUCAACAGCGGUUGGUUGGUGGUGGGAAAGGAUGACAUUGAUAACUCCAAGCCAGGAUCAGGGCCCAGUCGACCAGGCCCUUCACCCCUGGUCAAUCAGUAUAGCCUAACAGUGGGUCUGGACCUGGGGCCACAUGACACUAAGUCUCUGCUUAAGUGUGUGGAAUCACUAUCCUUCAUUGUGCGUGACGCUGCCCACAUCACCCCUGACAACUUUGAACUGUGCGUCAAGACUCUCCGCAUCUUUGUGGAAGCCAGUCUGAAUGGCGGGUGCAAGUCCCAGGAGAAACGUGGCAAGAGUCACAAAUAUGACAGCAAAGGGAACCGCUUCAAGAAGAAAUCUAAGGAGGGUUCAGUGCUUCGGCGGCCUCGAACCUCCAGCCAACAUGCCACUCGGGGCGGGCACAGUGAUGAUGAGGAGGAUGAAGGCGUGCCUGCCAGUUACCAUACUGUGUCUUUACAGUUGCUAGACCUGAUGCACACUCUGCACACACGGGCAGCCUCUAUCUACAGCUCAUGGGCAGAAGAGCAGCGCCACCUGGAGACAGGUGGCCGGAAGAUUGAAGCUGAUUCAAGGACUCUCUGGGCCCACUGCUGGUGCCCUUUACUGCAGGGCAUUGCCUGCCUGUGCUGUGAUGCCCGGCGCCAGGUGCGGAUGCAGGCACUGACGUAUCUACAGCGAGCACUACUGGUACAUGACCUGCAAAAGCUAGAUGCCCUGGAAUGGGAAUCCUGUUUUAACAAGGUACUAUUUCCUCUGCUAACCAAGCUCCUGGAGAACAUCAGCCCAGCAGAUGUGGGCGGGAUGGAGGAGACCCGAAUGAGGGCUUCCACGCUGCUUUCAAAGGUCUUUCUGCAGCACCUAUCUCCAUUGCUGUCACUCUCCACCUUUGCGGCCCUCUGGCUCACCAUUCUAGACUUCAUGGACAAGUACAUGCACGCAGGCUCCAGUGAUUUACUGUCAGAGGCCAUCCCUGAAUCUCUAAAGAACAUGCUUCUGGUGAUGGACACAGCGGAGAUUUUCCACAGUGCAGAUACACGAGGAGGCAGCCCCUCUGCCCUCUGGGAGAUCACCUGGGAGCGCAUCGACUGCUUUCUGCCACACCUACGUGAUGAGCUCUUCAAGCAGACUGUCAUUCAAGACCCCAUGCCCACAGAACCUCAUGGUCCCAAAUCUCUGGCCUCAGCCCACCUGACUUCUGCUGCUGGUGACCCGAGGACACCUGGACAUCCACCUCCCCCAGAAAUACCCUCAGAGCUGGGGGCAUGUGACUUGGAGAAGCCAGAGGGCCCCCGAGCCACCAGCAGCAGCUCCCCUGGAUCACCGGUGUCCUCUAGUCCCAGCAGGCUUAGCCCUACCCCAGAUGGGCCUCCCUCUCUGGCUCAGCCCCCACUGAUCCUGCAGCCCUUGGCCUCCCCACUGCAGGUGGGCGUGCCACCCAUGACUCUGCCCAUUAUCCUCAACCCUGCACUUAUAGAGGCCACCUCUCCGGUUCCUCUCCUGGCUACACCACGCCCCACAGACCCUAUACCCACCUCCGAGGUCAAUUAAAUAAAGCAGGACCCUCAGAGAUCAGAAUGAGUACAUCCCGCCAGACUACUCCCAGCCCUGCUUCCAGCUGUUUUGGGGCCAUAAGCUUUUCAGGCCCAAUCCAAGUUGCUGUUGCUGCCACUUGGAUGGAGAAAUUAACUUUUAUAGCCCUUGCUGGGACCCCCAUCAGACUGCGGGACCUUCUUCCUCUUCUGCUCUCUAUUCCUGAGGGUCCAACCUGAGAGUACACUCAGGUAUCACCUGUAGUCUCUGUCUCCAGCCUGGCAGCUCAGAGUAGGCACUGUUAUAUCAACCCCACAGUGCCCACCUUGUGCCCCUCCUGCCCAGGUCAGCCAUUGAGAGCCAAGCCCAACCACUCUGCACUUUGUUUCCCUCUCCCAGCCCAUUCCCAUCAGCCCUGGGCCACCUCUUCCAAUUCUUCCUCUUUUAUUAAUUGGUGGAUCAGUUUGGAGAGUUGAUUGGUACCAUGGAGGGUGGGCAGGUGGAGCUGGAUGAGAGGACUGCCCACAGGAGCAUGUACAUAUGGAAAACAAUGACAACAAAUGGACUUUUUAUGAUGUAAUAAAUGUCUUAGUACCAACACUA